AUGAGUGUUGAGUUGUAUCCAAAUGACAGGUUUGGAGCAGCUGCCCAGUAUGAUGAGCAUAAAGAUGCCAUGGCAGAAUGUUCAUGGGUCAUCGAAGAGAUUGUUAAACCACAACUGCCUAACAUCAUUGACAAUUUCUCCAAAUGUCUGGAAAUGCUAGAGAGUGACCAGAUAUUUAAGAUGCCCAUAUCCAAUGGUAUUCCCAACGAAAACAGCAAACAAAACGAUUCACCGACGGUCAAGGGCGUCAUCACGAGACAAGGUGAAUAUAUCAUUGAUUUUCAUAUUAUAGUAAAAUUUCCACAGUUUCAAAGAGGCAAACAAGUUAUGUUCCGGAUGAAUACCGGGUUGAAUUUCUUACUUGUCCAGUUCAGUAAGAUAAUGACCCAUUUGAAAAGUAUACUAGAAAUACUGAACCAGUUACAACUGGCCACCGAUGUCAACGAGUUCGGGGAUAAGUUUGACGUGGCGAUGGAGCUACUAAAUCAUUCCCUAGCACUCUUACAAAAUCCUCCAAGAGAUCUGGUAUUUCCAGAGGAUAAUAACUAUGCCAUGAAGGAAAUGUUUCAGGAUUGCUAUUCAAUCUGCGAAUCCACGGCUCAUAUCCUGGGACUGGAACUAACGCUUUGUAAAAAUGAGCUCUGCAUUGAAUUGCGGAAUCUUAUUAAAGUGACAAAGAAACCUUGGUGCGAAAUUGAUAAUAGAACUGGCAAAUCAUUUUGUGACGAUAUAAGAAAUCAAGUGACAAAUGAAAGACAAAAAAAUUUGUCUAAAAUCCUUUCAGAAAAUGGUGUGCAAGUCCAGGAUUCCACCUUACUGAAUCAUUUGAUCUCUUCUUUUCAAAGCGAAGCCAUUACACUCCCAGAAGCCCAGGAACUACUAAGACGAGGCGUCACUUUCGAUAAUAGGGUAGUCAUGGAAUGUGAAAAGUUAAUAGUAUCCACAAGCGAUCCAACUUUGAUCAGUAUAAGUGCCAAAUUGAACAGUCUUAGAGCUACGAUGACAAAUCAUCAAGCCAAUUUGAAUGCCAAUAAACGAUUACUUGCAACCAAGUAA